AUGAAGUUCUCUGUUGUGUUGAUCACAGUCCUCGCUGUAUUCGGGACACACCAGAUUCAAAGUGUUCCUAUUCUGUCACGAGGACUUCAACAGGAUGUGCAAGAUUUUUUGUCUCUUAUACCAGUGGAAGAAAUUACUGAAUUGUUCUUCGAAUAUUUAGCUAAUGAUGAAGACUUCGGUGAGGCUAUGGACUACAUUUUGUCAGAUGAAUUUAAAUCUCUGAUCAUUAGUGUUGAAAAAAUGCCAGAAGUUCAAAAUCUUUUGAAAUAUUUAGAAGAUGCUGGUCUCAAUGUUUAUGAAUUAAUCAAUAAACUCCAUCAUCUAUUGGGAAUAGAUCCUAUUCGACCACGUUCUCAGUACAAGAUUACUGGUGGACUUCCUGGCUUCAUCGAAGAUCUAAAAGCCCUAUUGCCACUCGAAAAGCUUCAAAAAUUGUACAAAGAAAAACUUGAAACAUCAGAAGAAUUCGCUACGUUAAUUUCGAUGUUAAAAUCUGCUGAAUUUCAAAAUUUAGUUGACCGUGUUAUGGAAAAUCCUGAACUCCAAAAAAUAAUUAAUAAUGCUGAAUCAAAAGGUGUAGAUGUACAAGCUAUUUUUGAUUUAUUGAAUACUAUUCUUGGACUUAAAUUUCCUCAUCGGCCGUCUUUUUAUUUUACUAGAAAUUUAAAGAAUGAUUUAGAUGACUUUCUAGCAUUAGUACCAAGACAAGCUAUUGUAGAUCUUUUUUACAAAUAUUUAUCAGAAGACGAAGACUUUGGCGAGGCAUUAGACUACGUUUUAUCUGAUGAAUUCAAGCAACUUGUGAUUGACGUUGAAAGUAUAUCAGAAGUCAAAAACCUUCUCAACUUCCUUGAGCAAUCGGGACUUGAUGCUUUUGAAUUCAUUAAUAAAAUUAAUGAUCUACUUGGAAUUCAUAGAAUCUCAUCGGUUUCAAACUAUAAGGUAACAAAGAUUACUGGUGGACUUCCAGGAUUCAUUGAAGACAUAAAGGCUCUACUUCCUCUUGAUGAAAUAGAUGCACUUUACAAAAAGAAACUUGAAACUUCUGCAGAUUUCGCCAUGUUAAUGGAAAAACUUAUGUCUAAAGAAUUUCAAGGAAUUGUAGAUCAGGUUCUGAAAAAUCCAGUGAUGCAAGAUUUAAUGCAAAGAGCAGAAGCUAAAGGUGUCGAUGUUCAAGCAAUUUUUGAAUUCAUAACAAACAUUCUUGGAAUCAAAUUUCCUAGCCGACCAACCUUAAUGUUGGCAAAUAAUUUACAAGAUGAUUUUAAUGAUUUUCUAAGUCUUAUACCAAUUGAAGCUAUAAAGCAACUGUUCUAUCAAUAUCUGGCCGAAGAUCAAGAUUUUGGUGAAGCAGUCGACUAUAUCAUGUCAAGUGAAUUUAAGAAUUUUGUCGCAGAAAUUGAAAAUAUGCCAGAAAUCAAAAGCCUCGUAGAUUUCCUUGAAGAAUCAGGACUUGAAGCAUACAAAGCUAUUAACAUUAUUAACGAUUUUCUUGGAAUUGAUAGAAUACAACCGCUAUACAAUUUCAAGUUUCAAAAAAUAACAGGUGGUCUACCUGGAUUCAUUAUAGACGUUAAGGCCAUUCUUCCUUUAAAAGAAAUUGAAGAAAUGUAUCAAUUAAAAUUGAAAACUUCUGAAAAUUUUGCGAGUUUUGUAAAACGCAUUCAGUCUAAAGAAAUGCAAGAACUUGUUAACAAACUUAUGUCAAACCCCACUGUUCAAGACUUAAUUAAAAGAACAGAAGCAAAAGGAGUUAAUGUACAAGCUCUUUUCGAUUUUUUGACAUCACUAUUUGGUUUGAAAUUCCCACGAAGGUCAGUUUUAUUAUCACUGGGAAAUUUGAAAGAUGAUCUUGAUGAUUUUUUAGCAUUGAUACCGGUCAAAGAAAUUAAAGAUCUCUUUUAUGAAUACUUAUCAAACGAUGAAGACUUUCGUGAAGCUUUAGACUACAUUCAAUCGGAUGAGUUUAAGGGAUUAGUAAUGGAAGUUGAGGGAUCACAAGAAGUCAAAGGUUUCCUCGAGUUUCUCGUAGCUUCUGGCCUUGACGCUUAUAACUUUGUCAAUAAACUCAAUGACUUCUUAGGAAUUGACCAUAUUACUCCUAUUUAUUUGAUCAAGAACAGAAAAAUUACUGGUGGAUUACCAGGUUUUAUUGAAGAUGUUAAAGCGUUGCUGCCUUUAGACAAGAUCGAAUCCCUAUACAACGAAAAACUACAGACGUCUGAAGAUUUUAAAAAUUUGAUAACUCGUCUCAAAUCUCAGGAAUUCCAAGGCCUUGUAAACAAGUUCAUGGUUAAUCCAGCACUUCAAAAUUUGAUGAAAAAAGCAGAGGCGAAAGGUGUAAAUGUUCAGGCUAUUUUGGAUUUCUUGACAGCGCUGCUUGGGAUUAAAUUUCCUCCGCGUCCACAACGAUUCUUCACUACUUUUCAAACAUACAGAAACGAAGAGGUGAUGGAAAUUUUAGAAACAAUCUGGUCUAUGGUUCCCACAAAUGAUAUCGGCGAUGUAGUUCUAGACUACCUUGUCGAAGACGAAGAUUUCAGAAAAGUUGUAAAAUAUAUGCUAAGUGAUGACUUCAAAAACAACUUAGUUGAUGUUGAAAAUUUAAAAGAAACAAGGGAUCUUCUGGAAUUUUUGGAUGUAACUGGAGUCAAAGUAUACGAAUAUUUAAAUUUAUUGCACGAUAUACUUGACAUCAAUAAGAAAUUUCCACUCAGAAGAAGUUUGAGAAUCACUGGAGGAAUAAAUGGAUUAUUCCAAGACAUAUGGGCCAAAUUGCCUAGAGAUGAUCUUUGGGCUCUAUGGAAUGAAAAAAUGGCGACGUCAAAGGCAUGGCAGGAGUUUGUAACACGGUUGGAAAAAGUGGAACUUCAAAAUUUGAUUAAUCGUUUACAUGAGCAUGAAGGCUAUCUUGAUAUUCUAAAUCGACUGGAAAAUAUGGGUGUCGACUUUAAUGAAGUUAUCAGACUUAUCAAGACUGUCAUCGGUAUUGAAUUUCCGAAAAGGCCAUUCUGAAUAAUUUUCAGAUGAAUUACAAGAAGAGUUCUGGAGCAUAAAAGUGUGCCAUAAAUAACACCAUAUGUUACAAGAAGUAACAGUCUGAAACCGGUUACAUUAUUUUUUUAUAAGAAAUAAUUAAUAAAUAUUUAUUUAACAAAAU